AUGACGUCUGCCACCUGGGAAGAAAUUGGUGCCAAGAAGCGCAGCGACCUUCUGGCCACUUUUCCAGCUGACCUCGUUGUCCCCUCAGAACUCUUGCCACCCGAGUCUCAGGACGACCUCACAAGCUGGCCCGAGACCUCCGGUUGGUUUACCCAAGACGAGCUCCGCAUCACAAGCUCUUCCGCAGCGGAGCUCCUCGAAAGGUUGGCCAAGGGCGAUCUGUCGUCUGAGACGGUGACAAAGGCGUUUUGCAAGCGCGCAAUUGCGGCGCACCAGCUGACAAACUGCCUUUCGGAAACAUGUUUCGACCGUGCGAUCCAAACUGCGAAAGCACGCGACGAGCACUUCGCAAAGACCGGCAAGGUCAUCGGCCCACUGCACGGCCUUCCGAUCUCGCUCAAAGACAACAUCAACCUGGUCGGUCUGGACUCGACUGUCGGGUUCGUCUCUCACGCGGGCGACCCGGCCACGUCCGACUCCACCCUAGUCACCGCCCUGGAGGCUGCGGGCGCUGUGCUCUAUGUCAAGACCAACGUGCCGACGGCUAUGAUGAUUGCCGAGACGGUCAACAACCUGUUUGGACGGACCCUGAACCCGCGGAGUCGUCGAGUGAGCCCCGGCGGUAGCUCAGGCGGUGAAGCAGCUCUGAUUGUGAUGGGAGGCAGCGUCAUGGGUGUCGGCUCCGAUAUUGGUGGUUCUCUCCGCAUCCCAGCGGCCUCCUGCGGCCUCUUCACGUUGCGGCCCUCGUCCGGCCGCUUCCCCGUGCGCAAUUGUCGAUCGGGCAUGCCUGGCCAAGAGGCCGUGCAGUCGGUCAAUGGCCCGCUCACACGCACGCUGCAGGACUUGGCUGUCUACACCAAGGCUGUCAUCGACGGCCAGCCGUGGCUUCGCGAUCCCAAGUGCAUCCCCUUUCCCUGGCGCCCGGCAUCGCUGCCGAACCGACUCAAGAUUGCCGUCAUGUGGAACGACGGCGUGGUCCGGCCGACUCCUCCUGUGGCCCGGGCCCUGCGAACGACGGUAGAGAAGCUCCAGGCGGCGGGUCACGAGAUUGUCGACUGGGACCCGGUAGACCAGGCCGAGGGCACCGCUCUCCUGGCCCGCAUGUUUCUUGCCGACGGUGGGCUCACCAUCCGGACAGAGGUUGAGCGAGGCGGCGAGCCGUGGCGGCCAGAAAUGGAGGACUACAGCACAGCGAAGGAGCUGGGCACAGAGGCCAUGUGGAAGCUGCACCUCGAGCGGACAGCUUUUCAGAACAGAUAUCUGGACCGUUGGAAUGCGGCUGCCAUAGAUGCCAUUUUGUGCCCCACAAUGCCCUAUAACACUGUCAAGCAUGGAGAGUUUAGACACGUUGGUUACACCGGUGUGUUCAAUGUCCUGGACUACUCGUGCAUCUCCUUUCCGACCGGUAUACUGGUCGAUAAAGCUGUGGAUGUUCUAGAUACCAAAUACGAGCACCUGGGACCUGUGUGCAAACAGGUCAACGAAGAGUAUAAUGCCGACGUCAUGCACGGUCUACCGAUCAGCCUGCAGCUCGUUGCCCGCCGUCUGGAGGAAGAGAAGGUUAUUUCUAUAGACUGCCAGAAAUCUGACUGGAAGAAACACCGGAAAACAUGUGGCAAGCCCGGCUCGGCGUCGGCCGGGGUUUUCACUUCGACUGCCAGCUCUGCCGGCUCCGACCUCUCUCCGCCGAAGGGACUGGAGCAGCCGAUUACGAAGCCCUUUAGCCGCCUCAGCAACAACAAGUGGCUACACGAUCGCCCGGAGAAGGACGUGUACCGGCUUCUUAUUGAUGCGUAUCGCCUGCGCGUCGAGGACGAAUACACCAUUGAAAAGAACAACGCCCCCGACAGCUUAUACUCGGGCGCCCCGGAUGGGCUGCGCGGCUUUCAAAGAUUCUUGGAUCGGGCUAGUUCCCGCCCUGGGCUCCUUCCAUCGUGGUGGAGCGAUGAAAAGAGAGCGGAAUGCGAGCAGCUAGGAAUGGACACGGCGAAUUGGCAGGACCUGCGAUGUGCCAUUGAAAAGAGCGACGUCAUCGAACACUACGGUGACCCCAGGUUCCCCAUGCAGCUGAGGAUGUUUGCUGAAGUGGUCAUUGGUAGAGGCUUGGGUGGGGGAAAUGGUAAAUCAAUGAUGAACAUGAUGGCAUCCAUGGAGGGAGAUGGCUCGGGGGAUGGGGCCGUGAGUACGAUUGAUAUGUCACGGGCCCAGUAA